GACGUCCCGAUCUGACGUUGGGUCAAACGGGCUCUCAGAAUGUAAACAUGGUGACAGACAGAUGAAACAAACGUCAAAAUGGUCUUCGAAAGCGUGGUGGUCGACGUCCUCAACCGGUUUUUAGGGGACUACGUUGUCAACCUCGACAGCUCGCAGCUGAAGCUCGGCAUAUGGGGAGGUGACGCUAUACUAACAAAUCUUGAAAUAAAGGAAAAUGCCUUGAGUCAACUUGACAUUCCCUUUAAAGUGAGAGCUGGCCAUAUAGGACGGUUGGAGCUAAAGAUCCCAUGGAAGAACCUCUACACCCAGUCAGUGGAGGCGACACUGGAUGGUGUCUUUCUGCUCAUAGUCCCCACAGCAAGUAUAAAGUAUGAUGCGGAAAAAGAGGAGAAGCAGCUACAGGAGGCUCGUCAGAGGGAGCUACAGAGGAUAGAGGAAACAAAGCUGAAGGCUGCCGAGCAAGAGAAUCCUAGUCUGGAAAAGCAGGACACCUUUGUGGAGAAGCUUGUCACUCAGGUCAUCAAAAACCUGCAGGUCAAGAUUUCAAAUAUCCACGUACGCUAUGAAGAUGAUGUCACUAAUCCAAAAUGCCCUUUGUCAUUUGGAGUGUCACUUAAAAACCUCAGCCUCCAGACAGCUGAUAAGAACUGGAAUCCCAGCCUGUUGGAUGAGAAUUCAAGGCUUUUCUUCAAGUUGGUUCAACUAGACAACUUGUUUGCCUACUGGAAUGUCAACUCAGUACUCUUCUCCAAUCACAAUGCAGACGAGGCCUUGCGAUGUCUCCAGAGCAGCAUGGAAGUCAACACUUCUCUUUCUGUCAGCCACGACUUCAUUUUCCGUCCUAUCUCAGCGGAUGCAAAACUGAAAAUGAAUCCCAGGUCAGAUGUCGACUUCUCCUCUCCCAAACUGGACCUAAUGGUCAAUCUUAGUGAGGUGGCCAUUGAACUCAACAGACCCCAGUACAUUAGCAUCUUGGAGCUGCUGGGCUCAGUGGAUAUGAUGUCACGAAACCUGCCAUACAGGAAGUUCAGACCCAGGGUCCACGUUCACAGGAAUGCCCGUAUAUGGUGGAAGUACGUCAUCACAGGCAUACUGGAGAUAGAUGUAAAGCCUCGUCUCCACAUGUGGUCAUGGCAGCACAUUCGCCACCACCGGCAGAUGGUAAAACGCUAUCGAGAGCUCUACAAGACCAAACUCACCAGCAAGAAACCCAGCGAAGAGCUUCUCAAAGCACUAGAGGAGCCUGAGAAGACCUUGGAUAUUUUUAACAUCACGUUGGCCAGACAGCAGGCUGAGGUGGAGGCGAGCAAGGCAGGCAUGAUUAUUUACCGUCCGGGUAUUAAGAUGGAAGAAGAGGAGUCCCAGGGUUGGCUCAGCUGGAUGUGGAAUUGGGGAGGAGAGCCUGAAACUCAAACAAAAGAAGUCAAGACUGGGGGUUUUGAUGAGCUGUUAACCCCUGCUGAGAAAUCUAAACUCUACACUGCCAUUGGAUACAGUGAGACCGCUGCUAAUCCCAACCUGCCAAAGAAUUUUGAAGACAUGAAGGUCAAUUUCCACAUGGAGAGGCUGAUUGUGUCCAUCAAAGAUGACAAGGACAAAAAUGAGAUCAUCAGGCUGACUGUGGGAGAGCUCAUGUCCACACUCACACAGAGACCUGGAGCACAAGCCAUCAAAAUCACUGCCCGGCUUAGUUUGUUUGAAGUCACAGGCCUGGCCAGUAACCGGCCUGCACCAACCCUCCUGUCAUCGAGGAAGGCAGCCACAGGAGCAGGGACCCCACUGCUUUGCAUCCUGUUCGAGACCAACCCACUGGAUGAAAGUGCUAACCAGCGGCUUCAUGUGGAAUCACAACCUCUGGAAAUCAUCUAUGAUGCUAUAACGGUGAACAGAAUGUCAAUGUUCUUCAUGCCUCCUGACGACCUGCAGCUGGAUGAGCUCACCAACGCAACACUCAUGAAACUGGAGCAGUUUAGAGACCGCACAUCCACUGGUCUGAUGUAUGUGAUCGAAACACAGAAAGUUCUCGACCUGAAGGUGAACCUGAUGGCCUCCUACGUCAUCAUUCCACAAACUGGCUUUUACAAUGGCACUCAGAACAUCUUACUGUUGGAUCUUGGACAUUUCAAGAUGUCCAGCCAAAGCAAGAAGGAUCUUCCUCAGCUGUCAGCGUACUCCAGCAACAUUGAAGACAUUAUGUCCAGAGCAUACGACAGCUUUGAUGUACAACUUAGCAGUCUGCAGUUCCUUUAUAGCAAACCAGAUGGUGACUGGAAAAUGGCCCGUAAGCAGAAACAGUCACCGCUCCACAUCCUUGAGCCAGUGGAUCUAAAAGUGGUUUUCAGCAGGGCGAUGGUCGUCAAAGACUCCCGCAUGGCAAGAUAUAAGAUGUCUGGAGAGCUUCCUCUGCUGUCUCUUCGUAUUUCCGAUGAUAAACUUCGAAGCGUUCUGGAGCUGGUAGAAAGUAUCCCACUACCUGAGAGCAGACCUGCUGCACAUGGCACUGCUCCAUCCUCGUCAAAGCCAAAGCAGUUCACCCCACAGCUCACUCCCAGAAGACCUCUGAACUUAGCAGACCAGCGCUCCUCUGUCAUGUUCGAAUCAUGUGAGACCAUCAGCAUCACCUCACUGGGGUCAGAGGAAGAUUUGUUCUACGAUGCUCCCAGCUCUCCUGUCGGUGAUAAACCCUUCUUCUCAGAUAAUCCUAUGCCACUGCGCUACGGGGACUUACACAAAAGAGCAAGUCUUGUCAAGGAGGACUCUCAGAAGAACAUGACUGACUUGAUCCUGACAUUUGAAAUCAGCGAGUUUUCUGUUCAGUUGUGUCGUCUCUGUGGGGGUCAGGAGGUCACAGUGCUCCACUUGGACGUAGAGGGUUUGGGCACUGAGCUGAAAAUACGCACCUUUGACAUGGCAUCUAACACCUACCUACGAGAGAUCUGCCUCAAGUGCCCUGAAUACAUGGAUUCUGAAGACCAGCAGGUUCAGCUGAUCACCACUCUAGACAACACAGAGGUCGACCUGCUCACCCUGGAGUAUUUCAGAGCUGACAAGAAUGGCCCCGAGUUCAAGUCUCAACACAACAAUACAGAACAGCUCAUCAAGGUGACCUUCUCAUCCCUGGAUGUCCAUCUCCAUACAGAGGCUCUACUCAAUGCCAUGAACUUCCUCAACAACCUGCUUCCUCCAUCCACUAAGAAGGAGGGCGGACAGGAGGAACUCCCCACCAUCCCUGAGGAGGAUGAGGCAGAGCCAGAGAAGGAGGAAGGAGGAAGGAAAGAGGAAGCUGUUGUAACCAAGAAAAAAAGUUCAAAGAGUUCAAAAUUUGCUGAUAUCGUCAAUCUGCAUAUCAGAGCUGAUCUCCGCUGUCUCAAGGUUUUCAUUCGAGGACAGAAAGCCCGGAUCUCUGAGAUCAGUAUUGAAGGUCUGGUUUCUGAGGUUCUGAUGAGGAAAAAGGAGAUGGAGGUUUUGGCCAAUCUGAAGAGCAUCGUGAUCCUAGACUGCGACAAAGAUGCAGUUUAUAAGAAGGCUGUGUCUAUAGCGGAUAAGGAAGUGUUUGCCUUCCGCAUGAUAAAUUACACAGAUGCGACAGAAGGAGAUGCCUAUCUGGACAUGUCUAAAGUGGACACCUCUAUCUCACUGACCGUGGGAUGCAUUCAGGUCAUCUUCCUCAACAAGCUCGUCUCCUCCAUACUGGCAUUCAUCAAUAACUUCCAGGAGGCUAAAGAGGCCCUGGCCGAGGUGACAGUCCAGGCUGCAGAAAAGGCAGCGUCAGGUGUGAAGGAGCUCGCAGAGCGGAGCACUCGGAUUGCUCUGAAUGUUCACUUCAAUGCACCCGUCAUCUUCCUGCCCCAGUCCUCCUCUUCCCACAAUGUCAUUGUUGCUGACCUUGGCCUGCUGUCUGUCAAGAACCGUUUUGCAAAGCAGCCCUUUAAAAGUGAUGCGAAGAUCCCACCUGUUGUGGAUAUAAUGACCGUGAGACUAACCGACCUCAAGAUGUACAGGACCACAUACAUAAAUGAAGGUUUUCAGGGAGAAACCCAGCUGCUGAAGCCAGUCAGCCUGGACUUGGAAGUCCAGAGAAAUCUUUCAUCCAACUGGUACCACAGCAUACCUGACAUAGAGAUCACUGCUCAUCUUAAGCCUAUAAGUCUGAUCCUCAGUCAGGAUGACAUGAUAGUUGUCCUGAGGACUCUGAGUGAGAACUUCUCUGAGAAGUCUGAUGCUGUUCCACCUCCAGCUCGCCCGCCAGCCAUCGACCACUCCUCUGAUUGUGUAUCUAACAAAGAAUCGCAGGGCUCUGGAACCACUGGACCACCCAGCAGUAAUACAGUAGUGAUAGCUGCUGUUGUGGAGACCCAUAAAAACUGCAAGAUGAAGAACACGCUCAAAUUAGACUUCAUGUUCGACUCAAUGACGCUCGUCUUGUACAGCCCGAAUGAGAACGUGAUACAACUAAUGGAUGCACACGAUGAGCAGCUCAUGCUGGCAGAGUUUACUCUGGGCGCCAUCUCUACCUCCGUCCACAUGUACUCCGACAGCUCCAUGAAGGCCUCGGUCCGUAUGGCUGCAUGCCUCCUGGAUGAUAAGAGACCCAGAAUCAAGGUGGUCAACCCGAGAAUGAUGGCAAUGCGUCCCGGUGCAGAACAAAACAUGAUGGUAGAGGUGAACUAUCGUCAGGGCCGUGACGGCACCACUUUGGACACAGUGGUGCAGGAUGUGUACCUGUGUGCCAGCAUGGAGUUCUUGCUCACAGUGGCAGAUAUCUUUCUUAAGGCCACCCAGCAGGGUUUUGCUCAAGCGCCGCAACCAAAGAGCAGUUCUGGAGCAGGAAAAGAAAAGAACAUAAACUCCUCUGUCACAUCUAAAGAGUCUGCUACAUCUCAAGCUGUGGUGUCAAAGACAGAGAUGAAUGUUCUGGUGCGUAACCCGGAGAUUGUGUUUGUGGCUGACCUGACGCGUGCUGACGCUCCGGCCCUGGUGAUGACCACACAGUGUGAACUAGUGAUGAAAAGUGGUGUAGAGGGAUCACAGAUGACUGCUGUUAUCAAGGACCUUAAGGUGGUGGCGUGUCCCUUCAUGACAGAGAAAAGAAAAAACAACGUGACCACGGUGCUGCAGCCUUGUCAGGUGUUUUACCAGAGUACUCAGACUCCAACAUCUCCUCAGGCUAUGGAGGUUUCCAUCAAUGCUCUCACACUGAAGGUAUCUCCAAUCAUCAUCAACACAGUGAUCACCAUCCAGUCAGCACUGACUCCGACUGCGGAGACCCCUGAGGAGCUGGAAAGUCCUGUUCCUGUGGACCUGUGGAAAAGACAAGGGUGGAAGGAGCUCAAACUCUGGUUCCUAGAAGAGGAUGGGGAUGAAGACACAGCAUCACUGGCCCCACUGAUACCACAGGGAGAGUCAUUACAGGUGACCAUCAAAUCGAUCUGUCUGACUCUGGAGGCUGGAGUGGGACACCGCACUAUCCCCAUGCUUUUGGCCAAGUCCUCCUUCCAAGGACAUGUCACAAACUGGUCCACGCUCAUUAACUUACACAGUGAGCUCAACCUGGAGGUUCACUAUUACAAUGAGGAGAUGGGAGUGUGGGAACCGCUGCUGGAGCCUUUAGAAGAUGAGACAAGAGACGGUUUUAGAUCGUGGACACUAGAACUGAAGAUGAAGAAGAAGCCACAGAAGUACUCAGGCUUAUCAGAUGAAGUGGAUUACAAUGUCCCGGACUAUAAGACAGUGAUCGUCAUAAGCAGCAAAGACCAGCUCAACAUCACCCUGUCCAAAUGUGGCCUGGCCAUGCUGAGUAACCUGGGCACGGCAUUUGCAGAAGCUGCCAAACAGACAGCUGAGUCGUUCCAGGAUGAGGCUCCAUUUGUGGUGAAAAACCGCCUGGGCCUACCAGUGUCUGUCCGCCACAGCGAGAUGUUCUCGCCCAUCGGCCAACAGAGCAUCGACCGCACUGUGAAGCUGCAGGAUGGGGAAACCCUCGGGAUGGACUAUUCAACCACAACGGACUCCGACCAGUUCUCAGCCAUGAUCUCCUUGAGUGGAAAGGACUACUACAUACAGCCCACUCCGAUGGGCCACACCUCAGCCAGUGUUAUCCCUCUGAUUAAGGUCGGCAGGGGAAUGUACAGUGUAAUGCACAAAGACUCUGGAGUCACUCGUUUCCUGGUCUGUCAGAUUUAUUCUGUGGAAGGCAGCAAGUACAUCAAGAUCCGCUCCCCUUUCCAGAUCAUCAAUCAUUUCUCAAUCCCUUUCAAAGUUUUUGAAGGAUCAACAUGUCUGGGUACAGCUCUCCCUACUGAGGAGUUCUGUGUGCCUCUAGACUCAUAUAGGUCUGAGCUGAGCCUUCAGCCGGUAACAGAGGACGACGGUGACAACCAGGGCGAGCAGUUUGAGUGCUCAGAGGGCUUCAGUUACGAAGACGUCAGCAACCAGCAGCCCGAGACACAGCUCCAGCAGACCUGCCGUCGCCGUGGGGAGGAGGGUGGUGUGCUGAUGGUCAACAUUGUGCCAGUAAAAGAUGCUGUGACAUUCAAAGACACUGGAGGUGUUGGGGAGAACUUUGAUGUGCCGUUUGUGCUUCACUUGUGGCCUUCCAUCCUGCUACGCAACCUGCUGCCUUACCCUAUCUCCUACGAACUGAAGGACAGUGGAGUCUCUGCCCCCGAGGCCACUCUGAACCCAGGUCACUCUGCCCAACUUCACACUGCGGUCAUCAACCAAUCAAAGCUCAAUCUCUGCCUGCUGAACUACUUGUCUCAGGACUGGUCCUCUGAGUACAGUCUCCAGAGUGACCAGGAAGAGAUCACCUUCAUAGUGUUCCAGUCUCUACGAGAGGAUGAUGAAAACGAUGGUGAAGGGACGGAGAGGGAAAGGGCUGAGUUGGACAUAGCAGUGCAUGUCAAAUAUGACCUGGGACAGACGGUGGUUGCUAUUCACUGUCCAUAUUGGAUGCUGAACAAGACAGGCAGGUUGCUGCAGUACAAGGCCGAUGAUAUCCACCGUAAACACCCCCUGGACUACGACAUGCCACUGCUCUUCUCCUUCAAGCCCCGGCACUUCCUGAGAAACAAUAAGGUCCGUCUCAUGAUCUCAGACAGUGAACUCUCCGAUGAUUUCUCCCUGGAUACAGUUGGUAGCCAUGGAGAUGUCAAAUGUAAAGGCCGAUACAAAGAUUACCUGGUUGGUGUGAAGAUUGACGCAAGUAGUUUCAGUCUGACCCGGAUCGUGAGCUUCGUGCCGUUUUACAUGCUGGUUAACAGGACCAAGCACAGUGUCUUCAUAUGUGAAGAGGAGCAGGACUACUGGACCGAGGCUCAACCAGAACAGACAGCCAUUCCUUUCUGGCCUGAGAACGACACCAAGCGCCUAAAGAUUAAAGUAGAAGGUUGUUUAUUGCCUCCUCGGACUAUUGACUUUACACGGCCAGAAAACUGCCUAUUGCUUCAUCUGGAUGACUCUGUGGGCGGGAUCAUUGUGGAUGUGAAUCUGUCAGAGCACUCUGCCACAAUCCGAUUCUCUGAGUACCACGACGGCGCUGCCCCUUUUCUCAUCAUCAACCACACGAAAGACCAGACUCUUCUCUUCCAUCAGAGCUCUCAGAAGGAGGCAGAGCAGGAGGAGCUUGAAGCUGGAAAAGCUGUGCACUACACAUGGACUGAACCCACCGGGUCCCGACAGCUUUGCUGGAAGUGUGGUGCUUACAGUGGGAAGCUGAAGUCUGAAGAGGACCGGCGUGAUGACAUGAACAAUGAGGGGAAACUGUUUGUGAUCUCCUUUUAUGAAGGUCUCCAGCGAGUCGUGCUGUUCACUGAGGAACAAAGCAUCUACAAGCUGCUCUGUGAGAGCGAGAAGGCUCAGCUGGCCGAACAGGAAAUCAUCUUGUCGCUAAAGAACGUGGGCGUGUCUCUCGUCAACAACAGCAGCAGUCAGGAGGUCUCCUUUAUUGGGAUCACAAGCUCUGAUGUGGUGUGGGAAUUAAAGCCUAAGAAGAAGAGUCGGUGGAAGACAAUGAGCACUAAAGAAGCUGAGAUGCUGGAGAGCAGUUUCAAAAGAUACACUGAAUCUGGACCCAUAGACAACGCCAUCGUGGACCUGGAAAACAAUUACCAGGUGUCCUUCACUCCCAAUGGUGCUGAUAUGCGGAUGCUGCAGCCGUGUGACGCUCCUCUCAGGAGGCACUUCCUGCCUGGGGUGAAGGUGGAGUACAGCGUCUCACAACGACAGCGAGCAUACCGCGUCCAAAUCCACCGCAUUCAGAUCCAGAAUCAGCUACCAGGAGCCAUCUUCCCUUAUGUUUUUUACCCUGUAAAACUGCCAAAAUCUAUCACCAUGGACUCAGAACCUAAACCUCUAACUGAUAUCAGCAUCGUCACCAGAACAGCAGGGCACUCUGAUAUCUCUCGCAUCAAGUACUUCAAGGUUUUGAUUCAAGAGAUGGAUCUGAAGCUCGAUCUGGGCUUUCUGUACGCCAUCCUGGACCUGUUCACACCUGAGAAUGCCAGCAUCAUGACCUCAGAACAGGAGGUGGAACUGUUUGAGAAGGACCUGGAGUAUAUGACGACAGAACUGAACGACGUUUCUGCUGCUGACACUACUCCGAUCAGCCUCUAUGAGUACUUCCACAUUUCCCCCAUCAAGCUGCACCUGAGUUUCUCUCUGAGUACCGGAGGAGAAGAUGGCCUGAAACAAAAGAGAGAAACAGAACUCAUUCCCGUCCAGUCACUCAACCUGCUGCUGAAGAGUAUCGGAGCCACACUCACUGAUGUGCAGGACGUUGUCUUCAAGCUGGCCUUCUUUGAGUUGACCUUCCAGUUUUGUACCACCCAGCAGCUACAGUGGGAAGUCAUCAGACAUUAUUCCAAGCAGGCUAUUAAACAAAUGUAUGUACUGGUGCUCGGCCUGGAUGUACUUGGAAAUCCUUUUGGACUGAUCAGAGGUCUGUCGGAGGGGGUUGAAGCCUUUUUCUAUGAGCCCUACCAGGGAGCUAUCCAGGGACCCGAGGAAUUUGUUGAAGGAAUGGCUCUUGGGGUGAAGGCCCUGGUUGGAGGAGCUGUAGGGGGUUUAGCAGGCGCGGCCUCCAGAAUCACAGGCGCCAUGGCAAAGGGCGUUGCUGCCAUCACGAUGGACGAGGAAUACCAGCAGAAGAGACGAGAGGCUAUGAACAAACAACCUAGUGGCCUGAGAGAAGGACUGACCAGGGGCGGCAAAGGAUUAGUGUCUGGAUUUGUCAGUGGGAUCACAGGGAUCGUUACAAAACCUAUUAAAGGAGCCCAGAAGGAGGGUGCAGCAGGCUUCUUUAAAGGUGUUGGGAAGGGUCUGGUUGGUGCAGUAGCCAGACCUACAGGAGGCAUUAUCGACAUGGCCAGUAGUACUUUCCAAGGGAUCAAGAGGGCAGCAGAGACUUCACAAGAUAUCGAAUCUCUGCGUCCUCCUCGCUUCAUCCACGAGGAUGGUGUCAUACGACCAUAUAAGGAGAGGGAGGGGCUCGGCAGUCAGAUGCUCCAGAAAAUUGAGAAUGGACGCUUUGCCAAGUACAGAUACUUUGCUCAUGCCAAGGUCAACGAAUCCGACUUCCUCAUGAUCACCAAGAGGGGAAUAUUUUUUGUGACGAAAGGCACAUUCGGUCAGCUGACCUGUGAGUGGCAAUAUCUGUUUGAAGAGUUUACAAAGGAUCCAAUGAUUGUAGAGAACCGCCGACUUCGCAUUGAGGCCAAGGAGAGAGUAAAGUCUGUCUUCCAUGCCAAGGAGUUUGGAAAGAUCAUAAACUUCAGAACUCCCGAGAUAGCCAAGUGGGUUCUUGCCAAAUUGGAGGAUGCAAGAGACAGUUUACCGAAAUACUAACUCGUCAAGAAGAGUGAGAAAUUAUAAGAUGUUAAAAAAAAAAUGUAAAAAGAGAGAGAAGAAAGAAAACACACACACACACACAACAUAUGUGUGUCAGUGCCUUUGUUCUUUACUGCAUGCUACUUUUGUUUACCUCCUGUGUGGGUAGUGGUAAAAAACAUAAAGCUGUAUGUUGACUGUUAGUGUGCGUCUGGGGUGAAAGACUGAGUGAGUAGUUUGUAUGUGUGCAUGCGUAGAAAUGUGCUAUCAAUGGACAGCUAACUUACAUUCAUUUACAACAGAAGCACUGAAUGCAUCGAACAAAACUUAGUUUCACUCUCUUCACUCUGAUUCCACUCGUCGGGGCCCAUACUGUAUCAGUGACUUUUAAUAGUUUCUUUUAUGAAUACUGUAUGAUGUCUGGUGUUUUCAGAUGUGUGUUAUCACUGUCUGCCUGUCUGAAAUACUUCUGAAACUGGAAAUAUUUUCACUUUCCAGGACCCUUUUGCCAUACUCAAUCUCACUCACUUCAUUUAUUUUCAUUCCUGUUUCAUUGAACAUAUUUGAAGUUGUGUAGAAGCUACGCUGUCAGUGAGAUAUUAUAGAAACAGCUUGAAUAACACAGAGGCCAAAUCAACCAUAAUUGCUGUAGCACAUUAAAUGUUGUUAAUUUUACUUGAUAUAAAAGGGGGACUAAUUCAGUUUUCGAGUAUGGCUUCAUAAACCAUGUAAUUCAAAAAGUGCUGUUUUUCAAAUCUCUGUUUUCUUCCCCUUUUCCCCUCUUUUUUCUUUUUAUACAUUUCUGCAGUUGAAGACUGUUCAGUGUGCGAUUUAUGCUGAGAUGAGAUGCAUGCUAUUUUUUUAUACUCUACUUACACCUAUCAAUCUGAGCUGUAUAUUGAUCUAAUAUAGAAUCGUAUCUGUAUAUAUACAUCCUCACACAAUAGUCUGUAUUAUGGCGUUACAGAUUGUAAUUUUGUGAUUUUUAUGUUUUUAUACCACACAUAUGCAAUGCCAAUUAUGUAGAUGAAUUAUGCAGAGAGAAGUAUAUUUAAAAGAAAUGAAUGCUAAUUAUUGUCAGCCGCUGUUUACUCUGUGUAUUUUAAAGGUUGACUUUUGGUUUGGGGUGCAUCGCAGUUUAAUAAUAAGACUAUAUAUUUCUUUUGCUAUUAAUGUUUGUCGUUUAUGUUUAUGGGGAGCAAAAUGUUCACUGCAGUGGCUUAAUGUUUUUCCCUCACUGUUUUAAAAAAAAUAAAAAUAAAAUGUGUUUCAGAUUU